ACUCACACAGUAAAUGAGGUGUGUCUAGCGGAAGAAUACUCGGCUGCAGCAAGGAGCGAAAUUUGAAUUCGCCUGAAGAGGACGUGUAUCGUUUGUUGGUGGGGUGCCUUGAAAUGCUUUGGCUUUGUUGAUAAACAACAACUUUCCACUUUAAACAGGUUUUGGAACGCUUAAGUUUAGAGCUCCUUAAUGGCCAGCCUUGGUUCGGCGUCAAACAUGGACGACUGCCUUAAUGUGGCAUUGUUGGACCCCCCAACAUCUCCAACCUCACCCAAACAAGGCGGUAUAACAGCACCUCUUGAUUUCUCCUACCUCACGCCUUCGAAGUUUGGAAUAACAACUAACAGCUUCUCUGUGCCCUCCAAACUCAAAGACAAAUCCAGAGUGUCACAGCUGAAGGACAGACGGAGGUCAACAAUUGGAGUCAGGGGAUCCCCAGAAACCAAUGCUCUCAUCCGCUACAUAGCCAAGCAGAGAAUGCAGGCCCCUUCACCUGCAACAGAGCAUCUGCGAUUGCAAUCGUCACUGCCAAGAAGCCAAACGCUGAAGCAGAAAAUGGCUGCUUUCCAGUUUGUGAUGGAGGACGUUGAUGAGGAGGAGAAAUUAGAAUGGAAGAUUACACCGGGAAAGAGAGAUCAGAAGUUGGAUUGCAUCUGGGCAGGCAAGGCCCAGUCUGAUAAUUUGACUUUACCCCUGGGUAAGGAGAACAGGGUCACACCAGGCUAUCAAGCUCCCACGACACCCCCACCCUUGAAGCGAGUGUGCAGAGGCCCGCUGCAGGAAUGUGAAGGGAAGAUUACAGGGGCCACAUUCUCUGUCCCAGCAUGCACCUCUCAGGAGGAGGUUCAAGGUUUUGACUUUCAGAGCCCCAUUGCACAUCAGGACACCGCCUUCCAUCGACAGCUUCAACAUAUGCCUUUCCCUAUCCUAUCACAACAAAUUAAAACUAAUUUAAACCAUAGAGAUGAGUCUGGGAUCUCAUCUGUUACCAAGAAGAAGAGGGUGCAUUUUGGUGUGCCACUGUCCCCUGAGUUUUUUGACAAGACUCUCCCUCCAAGCACCCCGCUACAGAAGGGUGCUACCCCACUGCGUCAGCCAGCAUCAGCGGCCUCAAAGCAGCGGUCUCUGCUAAAGACCCCCCAAAGAAAUGAAGCUUCCCUUCCAAAGCCCAACUUCAACAGUCCAGAGGCUGGAAGUGGCAUCAGUCAGACAAAAGUUCUUGAAGGAGCAGUGAGCAGUGACAUUGUGUUCCGGGAUUCAGAGGAUGAGAUUCCUCGAUUUGUACUUGAGGAGGAGGAUGAAGUUGAGCUUGAGGCAGAGCUGAACAGUGCAGGUAUUUCCGAAGAUGCCUCCUCGGACGAACUGGCUGGCUCCCAGGCACAUGUUGUGACCUCUCUUUUCAAAGCAGAGCCCCUACUUGAGGAACAGACAGGAGCUGAGCCAGAGCUCAUCUCCUCCCCACAGCAGGAGCCUCCUCCUCUCCAGCAGCAGGAACAGCAGGACCCCGCCACCUCCAGCAGCCCAGGCAGACCCCGCGGCAGGAAGAGAAAGCAACCAGCAGCAGCAGCAGCAGCAGCAGCCACAGCUGCUGAGA